UAAACAAAAAUAAGCUUUCUAUUGAGUGCAAGAACGAGUUCUGAUAGGAUAUAUCUCGAGGAGAACACCGUGAAUACUCCGAACAGUAUGGAAAUCGGAAGAGCCGGGAGCGCAUGUUGUGCUAUUACUAAGAGAAGCAUUGUAAAUCCGAGUCCGGUGACGAUGGCCACAUAA